AUGUCAUCUUUAAGUCAAAAUUCAUCAUCCACAAAUAAGAUCAUCGAGAUUCCUCGAGAUUUAAUCAAAAAUGGAAACAUUUUAUCAAUUGAACAACAUACUGAAAUAUUUGUAAAUGGUCGUCAUAUAUCACAACCUUUACAUUUUAUUAAACAAAAUCAUGGUUUAUGUCUUAUUGAUAAUCAACAACAAGAUUCUCUAUUAGAUCCAUCAAAUCAUCAUUUAGAUUCGACUAAUGAUCUUGAUCAACUGUUUGAAAUAAUUAUUGAAUUUCCUGCUGAAAUCUUGAAUGCUGGAAAAAGUGUUAUAAUUGAAAGGAUCGAUUCAAAUGAAAACGAAAAAUCAUUAGAGUAUUUUGAAGAUCUUUACAAGAUUGAAAAUUUAAAUAAAUGUACAGAAUCAAUGAAUAUUCAUUUAAAACUUCGAAAAGAAUAUAUGCAAAGAGGAAAAACAAUAAUUAUUCAUAAAGAAAAAAUAUUUAUUAUAAACAACACUGAUUAUUUCAAAGGAGCAGCACAUCAUAUCACGGAUAAUACAUUUACUAAACGAGAUUAUCUUCAAUUAAAAAAUAUGAUGGAAAUGAUAAUUAAAGUUUCACCUGAAUUUUUUGAUGAUGAUCAAAAGCUUAUUUUUAGGAAAGAAGAUCCUCAAACAGCUUCUAGUAAUCUUCCUGAUUAUCGUCAGUCAAAACAUGAUUUAGAAUUGACAAAUAAACAGUAUUUAAAAGAGAAACAAAGAGUCGCUUUAAAAGACUUUAUCUUAAACAAAAUUUGGAAUCCAAUUUUAUCAGAUGAUCGUCAUUUACUAAUAUUAUCUCUUGAUUUCAACAAUAAACCGCAUAUUAUAAAUGAAGAUCAACUCAAAAUAAAUCUAGAUCAACAUAAUUUAAGUGUAGAAACAAAAGAUGAACAAGAUUUUAAUAUUUAUCAAGAAAUUGUAUUACCAGAAAUAAUAAACGUCAAACAACUAAAAUAUCAAUUUGAUGAAGAAAAUCAUCGUCUUAAUAUAAGUCUCUCUCUUCAUUGA